UAACCCAAGGAAAUCUACUCACGUUCGCAUAUUGCCAAUACAUGGACCGUUUAUUUCCGGGUUGCAUCCGGUUUUUAUGGAUCAACAUCACAUAACCACUAGCACUCAGUGCGCACAGGGAGCAGCGACAACGUCAUCACAUUAUCCUAACACAUGCCAGACUUUGGAUGAAUAUAACAUGUCAAAGGUGCAAUAUGCAGAAAUUGCUCUGCCAUUUCCUGCUUGCAAAAAUUCCAAUAGUUUGUCUAAUUUCAGUUUAUGUGAUAAAACAUGCAGUUUAUAGUAUAAUUGUACCAUCUAAACUGCUGAGAAAUAUAUUUUCAAUAACCAACAUUUAUUGUAUUGGUUUUUGAAGCUGGUGUACAAAAUCGAAAGUAAAAGAUGCAAAAAUGAAACCCAGGGAAGCAUAGAAAUAGCGCACAUAGAACAGAUCUAGCGCUUUUUAGACUUGCUUUCAACGUGUGACAGAUCUUUACAUGUCGAUGUAAAUUUGGUCAGGCCUCCAAAACUUACAUAUACAUAAACUUAAGACAUAUUUACUCACUUUGGCUGUAGGUGGUGUCUUAUUGGUUAUUUGACUUGUUUAUGUGGCCGUGUAUGGAAUUUGUCUUUCUGGGCCGGGCGUCAGUUCGUCUGCAGUACCGAAGCAAAACUGUAGGAGCAGUCAAAACCGUGCCUUUAGACCGGAACCCUGGCCCCUGAGGGUGAAAAGGUACAUUUACCUGUUGGAAGUGUUCAACAUAUAAAUUGCAUUUCGGGUUAUAUUGGAGGGAAACGUUGUUCUAAAAUAGCGGUGGCAAAGGGCAGUGUGGAGUGUGAUUGCGUCAUCUGUGGAUCUGUUGGGGUGGUAUGCGAAUUGGAGUGGGUCUAGGGUAUUGUCGAGACAGAAGUGACGAUGGAAACACAGCACGUAUGUUUCACAAUAGGUUUCCAAGACCGUACCGCAAGCGAUCCAUGUUAACGUUUAGAGCAAGCAUCGGGGCUCUCAACAAAAGUCACCCAAGAUACCUUCAUCAAAAGGCGCUCAAGCCGCCAUGGAGAGCAGUGGCAGGGGAAACGCGUGCGACUACAGCCACAACGUCACCUUCUUCUACGAUUACGUAGGGAAGGAGAUCAGCAGACACUGGCGUGUCAGGGACUGUGUGGUAGUGGUCCUGGGCCUGACCAUCUGCCUCAUUAUGAUCCUGUCCAACAUAAUGGUGAUGGCGGCCAUCUUGAUCAACCGACGCUUCCACUUCCCCAUCUACUUCCUGCUAGCCAACAUGGCCGCUGCGGACCUGUUCGCCGGCUUGGCCUACACCAACCUCGUGCUCAACACAGGACCCUGGACCAUCAGGCUGUCCAAGCAGCAAUGGUUCAUUAGGAAUGCUCUGGUGGACAUGAGCCUGACGGCGUCUGUGGCCAACCUGCUGGCUGUGGCGGUGGAGCGUCACCAGACCAUAAUUACCAUGCAGCUGCACAGCAAGAUGACCAAACGGCGGGUGGUGCUGCUGAUCGUGUGUAUCUGGGCAGUGUCUAUCAUCAUGGGGCUGGUCCCUUCCAUGGGGUGGAACUGUGAGUGCCAGCUUAGCGACUGCUCCGUCAUCGCCCCGCUCUACAGCCGCAGGUAUAUGAUCUUCUGGGCGUCUCUCAACCUGCUCACCUUUUCUGUCAUGGUGGCUGUGUACGCACGCAUCUAUGUCUACGUGAGACGUAAGGGUAAACGGAUGUCUCAGCACAGCUCCCACCAUCUGAGGCACAACGAGACUGUCUUUAACCUCAUGAAGACUAUCUCUAUUGUACUGGGUGUGUUUGUCAUCUGUUGGACACCGGGCUUGAUGACUCUGUUGCUAGAUGGGAUCAUGGGUAAAGACAGCCAUGCCUUGACCUAUGAGAAGUACUGUCUGAUCCUGGCUGAGUGUAACUCCCUGGUUAACCCUAUUAUCUACUCCUUCCGGGACGAGGAGAUGAGAAGGACCUUUAAGUGUAUCCUGUGCUGCCUGUGUAGGAGGAGCUCUGAACACCAGGGGGAGCAGUCCCCUGUGGAGUUCAACACACUGCAACCAGAGGUAGAUAAUUGUUGUGAAGUAAAAUCAGAGAAAGCCAACAUUUACUGCCCUCCAGCUGAUAAAGACAGAGUGGUGACAAGCCUCUUCACCCUGACAGCUGGAUUCAAUCAUAUUGACACCAUGGACAUUAAGAUCUACAGCCACUCGUGAAUUUAGGCCUCUAUUCAAUCUGUCGCUGAAGCGUUACAAAUUGCAAGGUGAUUUCCGAUUGACAAUAUGCAGCGUUAACUGUGAAUGCGUCUCUGCUAAUGCGGGAACCUUGCGUUUAAAUUUAAAUCACUGUUACGCUGAACUUCCGUGAUACAGAUUGAAUAAAGCUGUUAGUGGGGUUGAAACAGGAGGAAAAUGGACAAGCACUGGACAAUAUGGUUAUUUAUGACGCCAUACUCAUGUGUACAUUUUGGGAUGCUUGUUUGUACAGUAUGUUUUGUUUAUCUAGAUGCGUUACACUAAUACUGAGAUAUUCAGAAACAGCCAAACUGUCUAGGGAAAGACUACCUCCAUGUGCCACAGAUCAAUUAUGUGAUACAUAACGAGCCAUGAGAUGCUUUAAAAAUACCAGCAUGGGGAUAUAGGGAAGCCUGGAAUUUAAGCUGAAAAUCACCCUUUCACUAUUUACUAGAAAUGAAACUGCAUGACAUUUGAUCAUGCAUACAUUUUGCGUACGGAUGGGUCCUGUGAAUCGAACCCACAACCCUGGCAUAGCAAGCUCCAUGCUCUAUCUACGUUACCAACUUAGCUACAGAGGUGGGUUUCAAUUAUGAAAAAUGGAGUUUAAAUGUAUUUGGCUAAGGUUUAUGUAAACUUCAACUGUGUAAAACCAUCAAAGGGUGUCAUUUUUGUUUAAAAUGUCACAAGAGCAUAGAUAUGACUAAUCAUAAAAAUAAAAACCAACCCCAAAUAAUGAAAAGCACAAUUAUUUUAUUCAUUUUUUUUUCUUCUAAUAAGGAACACUACAACUUGUCAUUCUUUUUACUCGUUCUAGAACAAUUCUAAAGUUGAGGUAUAAAAUAAGUUCGUACAGACUCGCAGGUCUUGAAACAGUGGGGUUUUAUAUACAAGAGAAAGAGGUAGAGACGAGAGGGGGUAUUUAAAAUACAAGGGGACGAAGAAGAGGGAGCAAUAUACAAAGUUACUAACAAAACAAAGUGACACAUUAAAAGGGUUUAAUGUAUCGUUUGAUUUGGUGCUGUGGAAUUCUACGGUCGCAGAUAGAAUAUUCUGUGGUAGAAUCCUACAGUAGGUGACUCACUAUUGGCUCAACCUGUAUAGGAAUAGCUCCAUUUUUACGUUUAACUGUAUCGUUAGUAUAAAAUACUUGGAGAAAAAAAAAAGAAAAAAAAAAGGGUCAAUCCAGACAAAAUGGCCGAAGUUAAAUGGAUAAGGGAUUUCUAAAAAUGUGAGAGAAAGAGACUUUGCUCCCCAGUUGAGGUAAGGGCCGAUUAAAUGCAUUUCACGGUAUAUGCUAGCAAGAUGUCCAGCAAUGGUGCUGGCAUUAAUUCAGCGGUUAUUGCUAAAAUGCGGUUUCACAGAAGUUCCCAUUGGAAUUCUCACAGUACCAAACAAAACUACAAUACCCAUAACCCCAAUUAACAAAAAGACCAAGUUAAAAUAGGCAAAUAAUCAUUCAAAAAAUAAUAGUUAACUUGACCCCAACCUCAGGAGAACAUUAAAGACCAAACAAUCAGGCAACUCACCCAAAAAUAAAGCAGAGGGUUUAUAAAAAGAGAAACGAACAUUCCACAAUCUGUACAGUGACAUCCAUUUACGACUGGUAGAAAAAGACAAGACUAAUUUGGUGUAGUAGUGGUAAGAUAUAAUAAGCUAUAUGAAAUGUUUAUAAUAACAGUAAACAAGGACACUAAUUUGGGUAAUACAAUAUAAGAGUUCUCUGUAACGAUGUAUGUAUAUCUGUUUAAUAUAUAGUUUGUCCUUUAUCAAAAUGCCCGGUACUCUUAACAGUUGAUGUAUGAUUGUAAAUAACAAUUUUAAGCUGAAUGAAAAUAAAAUGAAAUCAGAGAAA